UGUCCUACCGCCGCCGACGAAGUGUAAGACCCAUUCAAGCUUCUCGUAUCAAAACUGAAAUAGCCCUUGUUCCAUAUCCUAUCAGAUGUGCUAUCGACAGCUGCGUUUCACAAAAAAUACGGCAUGCGGUCAUCUUACAUUCCAAGGCGACACUUACAUUGACUGUCUGGCACGAGACUGCAUCCUCAGCACAAGUCAUCCGACCACGUGCGGAUCGCCGGCGAGACCAUGCAAUUGCCGUCGGUAUUAUAGGUAAGCCACCAUCGUGAUAGCUUUUUUUGCUUCCGCGAAGCUUUCUGUCGCUUAUUGUUAUUCUCCAGUCAACCCCAGCGGCUGGUCACAUCAGA